AAAGUGGAGGUCGAUCGUCAGAUCGCCCGAGGCGUCUCUCACCUGAGUUGGCCAAAAUGUCACAGGGUUCCCUUCAUCACCCUUCUCACAAGAGGCCUUACCAUUAUCGAACAUCGAUAACUUGGUGACAAUCGGAACUGGAUAUAUACGAACGCUGGCCUGCUCGUUACUCGUCGGGAAACAGGUCAGGUCCACGGGCGACGAGACACCACCGAAGAUGCACACAGACCUUGCCGAACAUAGCGAUGAGGACGGACUGAACCCAGAGAAAGUGCUCGUCCUCUUCGCCUCAGAGACCGGAAAUGCUCAGGACACCGCAGAACGGGUCGGCAGGGAGAUCAGAAGGCGAAGAGGUCGGUGUACGGUACAAAGCAUGGAGGACUUUGACAUCUCCGAACUUCCUCAUGUCCCUCUAUUGAUCCUUAUCACUUCGACGCAUGGACGAGGUCAUCCACCUCCGGCUAUGAUUCCGUUAUGGACUGCACUGCUUCGAAGCGGCCUUCCCGAUCAUAUCCUGGAAGAUGUCAAUUUUGCUCUCUAUGGCCUGGGAGACUCUUCAUAUGAGAAAUUCUGCUACGCCGGCAAGAUCCUUGCUAGACGGAUGCUGAGCCUCGGAGCACGAUUGCUAGGCAGUGAUGACGAAGAUGAGGAGGAUAAACCGUCAUCUGACGCCAUUGUCGAAGAGAUGCGUCAAAUGGAUGUCAACGGUACUGCAGAAGACGAGGAGAAGCAACAUGACUGCCUGGCAUGGGGAGACGAGAGAGCGCCGGAUGGUCUCGAAGAGACCUUCCUACCCUGGUUGGCUCGGACAAUGGACAUCAUCUUGCCCUUCUUACCACCUCCAUCCCCGGCUUUCGUUGAAUACUCAAGAACAGACCUUCCGCCACCAUUAUAUGCUAUCCGGUUCAUCGACCAGGAAGCUGAAAGCUCAACUGCGACAGCGCAGCUAGAAGGCGAAGUGGAUGCUUUGGAACCCGGUUGGGAAUGGGCCACUCUGAAGCGGAACUUCAGGGCAACAGGGGGAAAUUGGUGGCAAGAUGUGAGGGAGAUAGACUUGACAUUGGAAUCGAAAACAGAUUAUGCACCCGGGUCGAUUUGCUCACUGAGGCCGAAAACAUCAGCAGAAGAGGUGGACACUUUUCUCAAAUUAAACAAGCUCGAGGGUGAAGCAGAUCGGCCCAUGAUCAUCGAUAACCUGAAUCACGACCAACCGCUGCCACGCCAUCUCCCCCGACAGACAGUCACAACUCUCAGAAGGGUAUUGCAGCGUCACCUAGAUCUGCGAGCCCCUCCCAGAAAAUCCUUCUUUGAAUGGCUUCGAAGAUUCAGCACAGAAGAACUGGAGGUAGAUCGCUUAGACGAAUUCAUUGCUGAUCCAGAUGAAAUCCAUGAGUAUGCGACUCGAUCAAGGAGAAGCGUCCUAGAAACAAUGGCAGAGUUUCGAAACACCAAAAUACCUCUUAGUCAUGUAUUGGAAGUCCUAGCACCUCUGCGGCGUAGGCAGUUUUCGAUAGCUUCUAGCUCAAAGGCACAUCCUGGAGAAAUCCAGCUGCUCGUAGCAUUAGUGGAUUACAAAACGAAUCUGAAAGUCAGAAGACGAGGACUGCUGUCUUCUUGGUUGCGAGACCUGAAGCUGGACUCACGGGUGCCCCUACGGAUAGAACCGCCGACUCUUUUCUUGCCAGAAGCACGAAAUACGCCGGCAAUCCUGGUCGGCCCUGGUACCGGUGUCGCACCGAUGCGAGCUUUUGUAGAGGAGCGCAUCGCAAAUGGCGAGGCAAAAGAGACCGCUCUGUAUUUCGGAUGCCGAAGUAAGGACCAGGACAUGUAUUUUGCUCAGGAGAUGGAGACGUGGAGAAAGCAUGGCGUACACGUGCGGGUUGCCUGCUCUCGAGAUCAGGAGGAGAAGAUCUACGUUCAAACUUUGAUCAAAGAGGAUGCGGCCCUGAUCAAGGAUUGGAUCGUCAGACGUAAGGGCAACGUGUAUAUUUCAGGGUCGUCAAAUGCCAUGCCCAAGGCGGUUAGGAAAGCGAUCGCCGAAACGAUACAAGAUAUGCAAGAACUGGGCAUCACUUGCUUGGAAGACGCACAGCGCUACGUCGAGGAUAUGUUCGAAAGCGGCAAGCGAGGCGGGGAAGAAAGUUGGUGACGUGGAUGU